AGUGUUUCGCAUUCGUGGUGUACUUUGUCUUUGGCGGCACCCGUAGCCUGCGACAUCGGAUGACGUUCUAACCGAGAAGGAGUUCCGUAAUCCUAACACCGACGAAACAUCACCCACAGCUAUUUAUUGGUAACAAAUUCGUUCUACCUCAUCAAGUAAACUAACAACAUGGCUGCUCAAAAAAUAAACGAAGCUCAUGAGCACAUAGCUAAAGCUGAAAAAUGCUUAAAGACAGGUCUGACAAAGUGGAAGCCUGAUUUUGACAGUGCUGCGUCAGAAUACGCCAAAGCAGCUGUGUGCUUCAAGAAUGCGAAGCAGUAUGAGCAAGCGAAAGAUGCUUACCUCAAGGAAGCUGAAUAUCACACAGAAAACAAGACUCUUUUUCAUGCUGCAAAGGCUAUUGAGCAGGCAGGUAUGAUGAUGAAGGAACAAAAGAAGAUGCCAGAGGCCAUCCAGUACAUAGAGAAAGCCUGUAUGAUGUACAUGGAGAAUGGGACUCCUGACACUGCCGCCAUGGCUCUGGACCGGGCCGGAAAGCUGAUAGAGCCUUUAAAUCUAGAGAAAGCUGUGGACCUGUAUCAGAAGGCAGCUGGCGUGUUUGAGAAUGAGGACCGCCUGCGUCAGGCCGUUGAACUGCUGGGGAAAGCCUCCAGACUUCUGGUCAGGCUAAGAAGGUUGGAUGAAGCAUCAGUCGCUCUGCAGAAAGAGAAGAACAUGUACAAAGAGAUUGAGAACUUCCCCAUGUGCUUCAAGAAAACAACUGCUCAAGUGCUGGUUCAUCUUCACAGAGGAGACUUCGUAGCAGCUGAUAAAUGUGUCAGGGAAAGUUACAGUUUGCCAGGCUACAGUGGAAGCGAAGACAGCGUUGCCAUGGAGACGCUACUGCAGGGCUACGACGAGCAGGACGAGGACCAGGUUUACCGUGUGUGCAACUCACCUUUACUGAAGUACAUGGACAAUGACUACGCCAAGCUAGCCAUUUCCCUGAGGGUACCUGGAGGAGGAGGAAAGAAGAAGAAGGCUGCUGCUGCUCCACAAGGUGGCGCUAGUGGGGCGCCAGCUGCUGCAGAGGAUGAGGAUGAUUACGAGGGAGGGCUGUGUUAGCCUGGAGCCUCCAGAGUUCCGACACAAUCCAUGUGUUGCUCCACCACUACGCCCUCUGUGUACAAGUUAAAAACCUUGACAAAUUCUUUGAGCUCUGAAGCCCAGGUGUGUGGCUGUUUUAUUGUGCAAGAAAGAAGAAAAAAAGCUACUUAAAAAAACAACAGUUGGGGUUGCAGAGGAGUUGACCCAAGUUUAAGCAGCCUUUUUAAUUUGUGUUUCCUUGAGGUGGAUCUUCAGUGUAAUUAAAAAUCUUCAAUGUUCAAUAAUGUAUGGAAGCCUGCUGUAUGUAAAUGUUCUGUUAUAUCUUGUCUCUGUGAAGCUGUACAUUUUGCUUUUGUCGCUGAGUCUUAAGAGUGCUAUAGGUAUAAUCAGAAAUACUCUAAACAUGUUUAAUGAGUUUAUCAGUGUAUAGGUGUUUAUUUGUACAGAGUUAAAAUAUUCAGUAUUCCUACAGCCUGUUAAAAAUGUUACCGGAACAAUAUGCAAUCCGUUUGUAAAUGCAUGUCUGGAAUAAUGCAAUGAUAAAUCAAAAGCUAUGAAUAGUGCAUCAAGAAAAUUAAAAGAAAAAUACAAUUCCUGAUGGUGCAGCUUUUAGCCAAUUGUUGUGUGUGUGUGUGGGUGCGUGUGUGUGAGACCUAACACUAAAAUGGCUUUAUUUACAAGUUCUAUCCUCAAAUUAAAGUGACUAAAACAUGAAAAAGGGGCCAUUCAGCAAUGCUUUCAAUGCAUUUCCCCCUAUUAAGUUCCUCUUCAAAGCUGAAGUUUUGUAUUUCUGAUUUAGCUUAUCGCUCAUACUGUAAAUGUAAGAAGCACUAUUAAGGACAAAAUCAUUUACAUGCUAAUUUAAAUUAUUCGGAUACCACAUAACUAACGGUGAUAAAGGGAUUGUUAAAAUGUUUUAUUUGUCCUGUUUCCCCACUUCUUGUAUAUUCCUCAAAAGCAUAUCUCCAAAUGUUGCACAUGCAUCAAUAAACAUUUCCAUUGUGUGGCAUUUUAUGGUUUCUGUGCAUUUUCUAAAAUGAGUUAGUGGACAGAUUUUCCAUCUUAGGGAACAGCGGCUGCAGACGUCUAGCCCAAAAUGGCCUCUGACAGAAAUGUAAUGACUGUGUAGCCUCCCAAGACCUAUUUAGCUUUAAUGAGGCUAAUGCUCUUCCUGUUAAGCGAUAUUUAAUGCAUACACAUUCAUGCUACUUUUGUAAUGCCCUCUCAUUAUCUGUGAUGCUUCCGUGCAUUAGCAAGAUCAAGACUGGACUUGAGUAUAUGUACGUAAACUUUGCCAUUGGUGAAAAUGAAAAUGCUUAACU